AUGGAAGAUCAUCAUUUUAGUUAUUUGAGUUUCUUGGAUUCUCAAGCGGAAUCUCAGCUAAAUUGUAGUCUCAUGUCAGAGUUUUCUGAUUUUGUUCAUGAUAUCUGCGAACAAGAUUAUACAUCUCAUUUUACAACCGAUGAUAUUUUCGCAACACGUGAAGAUUUAAUUAAAUGGGUUAGAGGGGUUGCUUAUAAUCUUGGAUUUGUCGUUAUUAUUCUAAGAUCGGAUAAAUAUAAUGGACAACCAGGAAGAAAGACCCGUGUAUUAUUAGGUUGUGAAAGAGGUGGAAAGUAUAGAAAAUGCAAGUGUGAUGUAGAACCGAGUUUAUCUGGGACAAGAAAAUGUGAUUGUCCCUUUAGAUUGAGAGGGAGACCCAUCUGUCAAGGGGAGGGAUGUGUGUUGAACGUAAAAUGUGGUUACAAUAAUCACGAUGUCUCUUCUACUCUAGUUGGUCACCCCUAUGCGGGUAGGUUGAAGUCUACUGAACAGUCGUUGCUUGUUGAUAUGACCAAAAGUCAAGUAAAACCUGCAAAUAUACUUCUCACUCUGAAAGAAAAAGAUGAUUGUAAUGUUACAACUCUGAAGCAAGUGUAUAAUGCAAGAUAUAGGUACAAACGUUCAAUAAGAGGUUCAAGAACUGAGUUACAACAGUUAAUGUUGAUGUUGGAACGUGAUCACUACAUCCAUUUUAGUAGAUGUCUUGAUGAAUCUGAUGUGGUAAGCGAUUUGUUCUGGACCCAUCCUGAUGCUGUGAAUGAAAAGCAAAAUAAUUUCAUUUGGGCUCUUGAAAGGCUAAGAGGUCUGUUUAUGACGUCCGAGGGUGGUCCACAAGUCAUUGUAACUGAUAGGGAUCUUGCUCUAAUGAAUGUUGUUGGCAUUGUGUUCCCUGAGUGUUAUCAUCUUCUAUGUCGUUUCCACAUUCAAAAAAAUGUGCAGGCAAAGUGCAAAAUGCUAGUAAAUUCUGUUGAUGCAUGGGAUGUUGUAUUGCAAGCCUGGGAGAAUGUCAUGGACUGUGAAGAUGAAUUAAAGUUCAACGAGUGUGUUCAUCGUCUUGAGCUUGUUUGCCAGCCGGUUGAGUCUGCUCACUGGAGUCUGAAGAAAGUUCUUAGAAGUAGUAUGGGAGACCUUUGUUCGUGUUGGGAUGGAAUUCACAACGUUAUUAUCUUGCAACAUAACGAAAUUAAAGCGUCUUUUGAAAGAAGUAUAAAUCUUAUCAGUGACUCUUACAAGGCAUUGAAUUAUAGAAGAUUAGUGGGAAAUAUUUCUAGAUGUGCCUUAGAACUCCUUGCUCCAGAGUUGGAAAGAGUAAAGAAGAUUGGAUUCGAUAGUAGUCGUUGUGGCUGCAUUUUCAAACAAACUUAUGGUCUACCAUGUGCGUGUGAAUUAGCACGAUAUGAUCCUGAGAUUAUUCCUCUCCAAGAAAUUCAUGUGAUGUGGACUAGGUUGAGCUUCUCCAAUGUCUCGUCUUCACAAUCUGAAGGGCAAUUAUCUAUUCAGAGGGAGGUUGAUCUACUGCUUAAUCUUUUCAAAGAAGUUGAUAUUGCAGGAAAAGUGACCAUAAAACAUAAAUUACUCGACAUAGUUUGCCCUUCCAUGGCAUCCAUGUUACCACCACCAAGUAAAGUUAAGACGAAAGGUGCAGCUAAGAGUCAUAGAUCAAAGAAGUCAACCAAACGUGAUCCCUCCUAUUUUGAGCAUGUGGACGCCUUCAUUGAGUCCUCAAGACAAGACACAUGUGUUGCAAAAACAGAAAACAAGCUGAAGAGCAAACGUAUAAUUUAA